GUGUGUGUGUGUGUGUGUGUGUGUGUGUGUGUGUGUGUGUGUUGCGGGGGUGCUUAGACAACAGGGUGUGUCGUCUCCUUCAGGUGCGUAGCCGCGCUAGUUGCCUCUAGCCUCUAACACUGUCCGUCUCGAGUGACACAGAUCGUUCCGAGUGUUGCUCACAAGGACUUAGCCAGCACACACAGACAAGAGCGACCAGUGCAUGACGACCGUGACUGUGCUGCAGACUCCCGCAACCUCCUCAAGCCCUCUAGGAUCAUGUCGGGCGUCUACGAUGAGUCAGCCAGCCAGGAGGAUGGCACAGACAGCUUCUGGGAGGUGGGGAACUACAAGUGUGCUGUGAAGCGGAUUGAUGACGGACACAGGCUCUGCAAUGACCUGAUGAACUGUAUACAAGAGCGUGCCAAAAUUGAGAAGGCCUACAGCCAGCAGCUGACCGACUGGUCCAAGAGAUGGAGACAGCUGGUGGAUAAAGGACCCCAGUACGGCAGUGUGGAGAGGGCCUGGGUGGCAGUGAUGACAGAGGCUGAGAAGGUGAGUGAACUGCACCAGGAUGUGAAGAACAGCCUGGUCAACAAUGACUUUGAGAAGGUGAAGAACUGGCAGAAGGACUCCUACCACAAGCAGAUGAUGGGAGGCUUCAAGGAAACCAAAGAGGCAGAGGAGGGCUUCAAGAAGGCCCAGAAACCAUGGGCCAAGAAGCUCAAGGAGCUUGAGACUGCCAAGAAGACGUAUCACCUGGCUUGUAAGGAGGAGAAGGUGGCAUCGAUCAGAGAGGCCAACAGCAAGGCAGACGCCUCAUUCACGGCCGACCAGCAGAAGAAGCUCCUGGACAAGGUGGACAGGUGCAAGCAGGAUUCUCAGAAGGCUAAGGAGAAGUAUGAGAAGACUCUGGAUGAGCUGAGGAACUGUACGCCCCAGUACAUGGAGAACAUGGAGACAGUGUUUGACACGUGUCAGCAGUUUGAGGAUAAGAGACUGCGGUUCCUCAAGGAGGUGCUGUUGGACAUCAAACGACACCUCAACCUCACCGAGAACCAAAGCUACGCCACAGUGUACAGGGACCUGGAGCGCACCAUCACCUCUGCCAACGCACAGGAGGACCUGAAAUGGUUCAGCAACAACCACGGCCCUGGCAUGCAUAUGAACUGGCCCCAGUUUGAGGAGUACAACCCAGAGAUCACUCACAUGAUCAACAAACGAGAGAAGUCAAAGAAAGGGGCAGACGGUAUCAUGCUGACCAACGUGACAGCGGCACCGGACUAUGUGGCUGCACCGGCUAGAGACAGGGGCAGUGUGAGCAGCUCUGAUAAGAACCAGGCCUACUCCUCCCAGGACCAGUCGGCAGAGUGGUCAGACGAUGAGCAGGCCGCGCCAAACUCCGGCUCAGACACCAAUGGGGGUGGGGGCAACCCCUUUGAGGAGGAGUCAGCGAAGGGUGUGCGGGUGAGGGCGCUGUACGACUAUGACGGGCAGGAACAGGACGAACUCACCUUUAAAGCAGACAACAAACAAUAGCAACACCCACGGCCCUGGCAUGCAUAUGAACUGGCACCAGUUUGAGGAGAUGAGCUGACUAAACUAGAAGACGAGGAUGAGCAGGGUUGGUGUAAAGGCCGGUUGGACAGUGGCCAGCUGGGCUUGUAUCCUGCUAAUUACGUGGAGCCUGUCUAGCUGCUUGUGUACGUGGAGGACACUGCCCCAUUGGUUAGUCACCCAGACUGAACCGUCUGAUCAUACUGCACAUUACCAGAGACUUCAAAGCAAUGCUUCCCCAUCCCUCCUCUCUACCUGAGCAACCAACACACAGACUGAGCAGUCUUUAUUUAAACACUCCCCUGGGACCCACAUCAGACAAAGACAGUACCAACACACAUCAACCACAACACUGGGCUUGGGACCAUGGUCAAACCACGUCAGUAUAUGUGUACCAACAACAAACACCACAAUCCAGAAGUGCAGGAAAAUAAUUCAGCAUUUUUGUGUAGCUGUGUUCUAUUCCAAUGUUGUGCAGUGGUUAUGAUGACAUUUACAUGGCAGAAAGUACAUUCCCUCAUAACAUAUGAUAUGGUUUAGUCCAUGAUGCUUGCAUAGCCAGAAUGAGCUAUGCGCUGUGGAUUGUAAAUAUGUGCUGACGGGGCUGUCAUUCCAUGUAAGGUUCUAAAAGUCCCCCUGUGAAAUAGCAGCAGCAGCAACUGUAUGACAUUAAUGACAUUUAGCUGCAGGAUCACUGACAAAUCACUGUUGAGCAGAGCACAGCAGUACUACGCUGUUGAGCCUUGUUCAGUGUAAUGGCAUAGAACAGUGUUUCUCUACCCUCGUUGUACCAGAGACUGGCAAGCUAUGGUUCUCCUCUUUGGAUGACUGUUUAGUUGAAAAGCUUCUCUCAAGAUCAGACGAUGUUGGUGUCAGACAGAUGAGGGACCACUCAGUAACGUCUCAGGGGCCGGUGCCAGACCAUGGACCGAGGGUUGAAGAAACACUGGUAUAGGACAUAUUCUUUCCCUAAAGCAGCAUCGAGUUAAUGUACUUGUAGUACCUCCGAUCAUACCAUGUUGAUCAUGUGCUUGUAAUUUCCUGACCCCACUGCUUUCUGGACUCAUCACUUUGUUGUUUUCUUUUGUCUUAAAGUGCAAGCUGUGUUCAUUGAGAAAUAUGAAAAUGAUGCUUUAUUGUUUUGAUUUCUUUUGUCUUUUUUUUCUUUAGCAUGUAUUGGGUUUGGGUAGUGCAUUCCUCAGCCUAUACGAGGCCUCCACAAGGGUUCAUCGCAAUUAUAACAUUGACCCAACUCCACUAAUGGGUUAAACGGUUUGUCAUCAGAAAUGAACUGUCGCCGACCAAAUUAAAGGAGACAAAGACAUUUAGGAAUAUGAGAGAAUCCUGGGAAUUCACUGUAUCGAUGACACAUUUAUAGUAACAAACUAACGAGAGCCCCACUGCCCCAUGUGAGAUACUAGAUUCUAUCCAUAGAUAUAAAACACAUGCAUUUUUUUAUGAAUGAAAAUGAGUCACCCUAACUGUAUCCCAGCUCAGUCUCUGUCUCUCUCCACCUUGCUGUUCCUGAUCUAACGGUCAUUGCAUACUAGAUCACAAUAAGCUGUUAAAUACUACUGAAAGUGAGCUUCCUGUACAUGUUCACCAAAUUAUUCCUUCUUUUUAGUUUAUGUUUUUAUCCUGUCAGUUGAAUCCUUAAUCCUUAAUAUCAUUUUAGAAACUGAUGCCAAUGAUUUGUGUCUCUUAACUGGAAAAAUUGAGACUUAUCCAAAUAAUGAGGAUAACUUGAAUCUAUACAACUGAACUAAUGAACUACUGAACUAAUGAAUCAAAGAGAAUCUGCAGCGGAGAUAAUACCUAUAAAAUGUGUGACUGUUAUUAUAUAUAUAUAUACUGCUAAAAAAAAUAAAGGGAACACUAAAAUAA